CCGCUCCAUUUCAAAGGACUCCACCGUUGUGAAUGACCGGUAACGAGUGACUCUGGUCUCAUCUCAACUUAUCUGCGGCCAAUAACCGUUUGCUCCGUCACACCCUCCGACGGCCCGCUGCAGCCUUCCGUCUUAGUGCACGUUCGGUUUUACCCAUAUUUUUGACACGAACACCAUCAAUGUGAUCGGUUCGCGAUAUCUAAAUGCAACCAAGGGGCUGGUCUUGUAGUCUCUUCUGACCUGAUGCUUAUCACGGAUUCAGGUCCGUGGGUUGUUAUGUUGGUCCCCAGCCAUGAGUGAUGCGUUGCCCUUGAUAAAUGACGGCUGUCCUUGAGUUGUGGACUUCAAACAUCCAGAUCUUCUCAUUCAAAACCUUAGGUUUUAUCCGUCAAUCUGAUUUAAUAUCUCGAAAGAUUACUGCCGAGACCAGAAUACCGAGACGACUGCCGAACCGCCAUGUCGAAACCUCUCCCCUCCCGUCCAAGCGACGAAGACGAGCACUCCCCGCUUCUACCCCGCGAUGCCUCCCCUUCACCCCACAACGAAAACGAAGACGACCCCGACCCCUCGACGCUCCUCCUCUUCCGCCGCGCCGUCGGCAUAAACACCCACCUCCAACCCGCCGACGACUGCGACCUCGAGGCAGGCCGCACCUCCGCCCUCGGCAUCUACGCCUCCACCAUCGCCGUCCACCGCCACUUCCGCACCCUCCGCAUCCUCGCCACAGUGCUCAUCUAUAGCUGUCACGCUACACAGAUCGUCGUCGGCGGCGUGCUCACUUGCCUGGGCCCUUCGGCGGGUGUCCACCGGCGGAGUAUCACGGUGCUCGGCGGGGUGAAUACCGUUGUUGCGGGCGUGUUGACGUGGAUGAAAGGGCAGGGGAUGCCGGAUAAGUUGAAGGGCAAGGAAAUUGAGUUCCGGAGGUUGCAGAAUUGGAUUGAGGAGACGGAGGCGUUGAUGGUUCUCGGGACGGUGGGCGGCACGAGGGAGGAGGUUGGGGGGUUGGUUGAGGCGGCGUAUCGGAGGUGGAAUGCGGCGAAUGAGCGGGGUGAGAACGGGCCGGGGGAGGAGUACGAGGAUGAGGGGAGGAAGGGGAAGGGGUCGACGAUGAGAUGGCUUCGUGGGCGGUGAUAACUUGGGCUUGUGCUGCUGGAUCUCACUCACUUCGAGCGUAUGAGGAACGGUUGAGUGAGUUUAUG